AUGCCCGAUUAUUCCACGAUCGAGACGACCUUGGCUUCUAUAGUCGCCUCUCCCCGCACCCUAGACCUCCUCCGAGACCUGCAUAAGCAGGCACUUGACGAGCCACCGUAUGUGAGCACAGACGGUCCGACUUCGAUGGCCCUUGAUAAGUUCGUUGCCUUAGACCCUGAUAAAUGCGCCUUUAUCUACCUGCUCCUGCGUUCUAUGCAGGCACGCUUCGUUGUCGAGGCGGGAACGUCGUUUGGCGUGAGCACUAUAUACCUAGCCCUGGCUGUAGCGCAAAACUCCGACUCGCAGCCUGACUCGCAGCCUGGAAAGGUUAUUGCUACGGAGAACGAAGCGAUAAAGUCGGCUAGGGCUCGAGAGCACUGGAGCGCUGCUGGUGAUAAUAUCGAGAAGUACAUCGAGCUGCGAGAGGGAGAUCUGCGAGAGACUCUGAAGAUAGACCUGCCAGAUCAAGUAGACCUUCUUCUCCUUGAUAUCUGGACCCCCUUGGCCCUACCUACGCUUAAGCUGGUUCAACCUCGCAUGAGACCAGGUGCCACAGUUGUCGUCGAUAAUAAUCUGGCAGCUAAGAUGGGAUAUAAGGACUUGGUGACUUAUCUCGAGGAUCCCGCCAAUGGGUUCAAGAUGCCUAAUCUGUCUGAUAAGCUAGAGAUUACCUGGCUAGAUAUCAAUCCGAAUAGCAAGCAACCCGUCGAGGUCAAGGAGGAUGCCAUUUCCGUGGGCGAAUUCCGAGGAUUUAGUGGCCGAGGCACUGAAGCUACGUACGUCGGGUCUCCAGUCGAGUCCUCCAACAUCGACGUCUUUGCCGUACACCUUCAGACCGGCAAGGUGAGAAGGCUCACUAGCCACCCUGAGUACUGUGAUCCGGUGGCUAUUUCGCCUGAUGACCAGUGGGUCGCGAUUGAGGAUACACGCGGAACAGAUCGGCAGAUGUGGCUCUCAGGCAUGAGGAACAUCCCUCCCAUCACAGAUCUGAUCACCACUUCCGUCACGCCAGCUACCAGGAAUAGUGGCCAACAGCGGUAUUUCAGACCGUACUUGCUGGAUCGCUAUGGAGACCGUGGGCAGUACUUUGGCCAGAAAAUCAAUGGUGGGCAGGGUGUUGCUGGCAGUGGUGAUCUCGAUGACCCUGAGUGGAAUGCGAUGGCUGAUCCGAGAUGGUCUCCCGACGGGACUCAGGUUGUGUACUGGGAGGCUCAGACUAUCAUACCGGCAUGUGGAGGGAAGAACCCACUUCCAUGCUGCCCUUCAAGGGAGCCUGGUGGCAGGCGGACACGUGUGGUGUUAGCCACUCUCUCUACCCGGAAGCCACUCAAACUGUCUGCGGUCAAGCCUAUCUCGGAUGAAAUCCCCUGGGGUGUGCCAUAUUCUCCUAGCGAAGCUAACCCAGCUCGACUAGCCCCGCCAGCAGGUAACUAUACUCUGAAGGGCACGAGAGAGGGAUACGCAGAUGUUGAGGUCGUUGGGAGAAAUGAUGGAUCCAUAAGCGAGAUUAGUGUGACUUAUUAUGGUUACUCAGAUGAUGGAUCGACAUUGCUCAAUGGGUUUGAGUGGAAACCUCGACAUUAUCAUUAA